UUGCGAGUCACGAUGUUUGGCCGGCAGACACCACCAAAUGCGGUUGUCCUUUACCAACACCAAAAAACCCCAAUUUUUGUUGGAAGGCAAUAAAAAAAAAAGGAAGCACGGUCGAGAUGUCUGAUCCCAACAGUUCUACGGAGUUUAUGAUUAAACCUGAGGCUAUCGGCCCUUCCCAGGUCGACACUUCUGAGUGGCCUCUGCUGUUGAAGAACUACGACAAGCUCCUUGUUCGUACGGGCCAUUACACGCCUAUUCCCAGUGGCUGUAACCCUUUGAAGCGUGAUAUCCAAAGCUACGUCUCUUCUGGUGUCAUUAACUUGGACAAGCCCGCAAAUCCUUCCUCUCACGAGGUCGUCGCCUGGGUGAAGAAGAUUCUUCGUGUUGAAAAGACCGGUCACAGUGGUACACUUGAUCCUAAGGUUACUGGCUGCUUAAUUAUCUGUAACGACCGUGCUACGCGUUUGGUGAAGUCUCAACAAAGCGCUGGUAAGGAGUACGUUUGCGUUUUGCGCCUUCACGAUGCUAUUGACAACGAACGGAAGAUGGCUUCGGCCAUUGAGACGUUGACUGGUGCUCUGUUCCAACGUCCUCCUCUUAUUUCCGCUGUCAAACGUCAAUUGCGUAUCCGUAACGUCUACAAGUCUGAUCUCAUUGAGUUUGACAAGGAACGCAACUUGGCCGUUUUCUGGGCCAGCUGUGAGGCCGGUACUUACAUGCGUACUCUUUGUGUUCACCUUGGUCUUCUUUUGGGUGUCGGUGGUCACAUGCAAGAGCUUCGUCGUGUGCGUUCUGGUUGUUUGUCGGAGAACGACGACAUUGUCACCAUGCACGAUGUGUUGGAUGCCCAAUGGUUGUACGACAAUACCCGUGACGAAACUUACCUUCGUCGUAUUAUCCGUCCUUUGGAGUGCUUGCUUACCAACUACAAGCGUAUUGUCGUUAAGGACAGCGCUGUCAACGCUGUCUGCUAUGGUGCCAAGCUUAUGAUUCCCGGUCUUCUUCGUUAUGAAGCCGGCAUUGAGGUGAACGAGGAGGUUGUUUUGAUGACAACCAAGGGUGAGGCAAUUGCUGUCGGUAUCGCACAAAUGUCUACCGUCGAGCUUUCCACCUGUGACCACGGUGUCGUCGCCAAGGUUAAGCGUUGCAUUAUGGAGCGUGAUACCUACCCCAGACGUUGGGGUCUUGGCCCUCAAAGUCUGAAGAAGAAAGCCAUGAAGAAGGAGGGCAAGUUGGACAAGUAUGGCCGCCCUAACGAGAACACUCCUUCCGACUGGAAGAAGAACUACGUCGAUUACUCCACUGCUGAGGCUACGCCUGCUGCUGCUCCUGCCGCUGCUGAGGCCAAGCAAGAAGAAAAGAUGGACGUUGAGCCUGCUUCUCCUGCAUCUUCUGAAAACAAGAAACGCAAGUCCGAGCCCGAGGACGAAGAAGCUGCUAAGAAGGAAGAGAAGCGGCGGAAGAAGGAGGAAAAGAAGGAGAAGAAAGAAAAGAAGAAGGAGAAAAAGGAAAAGAAGGAGAAGAAGGAAAAGAAGGAAAAGCACAGCGAGUAAAAAGCAAUAGCUGUUUCCGUUGAUGCUCGUGAUGGGUAAUACUCAUUAUGAUACUCCCGUUUUCUUUUUGCUAUAUACCUGUUCCUUCUUUCUGACACUGGCAUUAUGAUACUUGCAGCAAUGGCUGAGCCUAUGUGAGUCAUUAUCUGUCAAUGCUAGUUUUCUUUUCCAGUACUCCGUAUCCUCCAGCAUUUUGCUCCCGCUUCCCUGUGCUCUGUUUUGGUCGAUUUUGGUUUUUUGAAUGCGUUCCAUUGAAAAUCUGUACAGGGUGUGUAUUGGUUUCGUCUGACAUGUAACAGCGCAGACGAUUACCUCCAGUUUUUACCUGUAAAAUAAAAUAAUACUUGACAGUUUAUGUGAAUGCUGAGCGUUGCUGGUCGCCAGGUUGAGCAGGGUUUUGUGAUGGGAAUUUGCGAGUGUAU